GGCGGCCCGAUAAGCCCAUUAUGACCAUCUAAGGGUUUGUAGACGCGUCUAGGGUUUUAAACGAAGCAUCUCCCUUCCGGCCUUCGCUGAGUGCCGUCCGCCGCCACCUGCAUUCGAGGUCGGAGAGUCCCAGGAAGAAGACAUCCGUUCCCAAUGGCGAGGAUUAAGGUCCACGAGCUCCGGGGGAAGUCGAGGACGGAGCUUCAUAACCAGCUCAAGGACCUCAAGAACGAGCUCAGCCUCCUCCGCGUCGCCAAGGUCACCGGCGGUGCCCCCAACAAGCUCUCCAAGAUUAAGGUGGUGAGGCUGUCGAUCGCGCGGGUGCUGACGGUCAACUCACAGAAGCAGAAGGCGGCGCUGAGGGAGGUAUACAAGAAGAAGAAGCACAUCCCGCUGGACCUCCGGCCCAAGAAGACUCGCGCCAUCCGCCGCCGCCUUACCAAGCAUCAGGAGUCCUUGAAGACAGAACGACAGAAGAAGAAAGAGAUGUACUUCCCAACUAGGAAGUAUGCAAUCAAAGCUUAGACGAAGAUAGGGUCUCUCCUAAACCAAGCUCUUCUUUUCCAGCUGUGGUUUUAUUAGUUUAUCCACUAGAGACUACAUUUUAGAGAGUUCUGAACUUGCAAACAUUUGGUUUCCAUCUGAAAUAUGAGCUAUGUUCUUGACAAGUGAAAUAUGUUAAUGUCCUGGUGCUUCAUUGUCAAUGUCAAUGUUAUGCCAGUGUGGCACUUAUAGUA